AUGGUGCUGCACAUUCUGCUAGCGGCAGCCACAGAGCUCUAUUCCUCCCCGUACCUCGUGCACACGGGAGCUGUUGUCGCAGCCGUCUAUGUCGUCUACACCUUCUCUCAGGGCAAGAAAACAAACCGUGAACGAGACCUGCAUGCCCGGACGGUCCUUAUAACGGGAGGCCUGACGCCGCUAGGGCUGACAGUCGCGCAGGAACUAGCUCAACGCGGCGCGCAUCUCAUCCUCGUUACGCCGCAUGCCGUGGACACCGGCGAAGCGUCCGUUCUGAUUCCCCUUCUGCGCUCAUCGACCUCAAACGAAGAAAUAUUCGCGGAGCAAUGCGACCUCACAUCCCCCUCAUCUAUACGCGCAUUCUGCACUAAGUUUCUGUCAGCCAAGGAUCAUAGAUUGGAUGCCCUCGUAUUUGCUCAUGAGUACGAGCAUAUUGGUCCUGCGGCACUUUUUUCGACAUCGCAAAGCGAUAGGGAACGUGCCGAGAAGGAUAGAGAAGCGGCUUCACUCUCUACCUUUUUGAUUAUCACUCUCCUACUUCCGUCGCUGUUGGUUGCACCAGUAGAACGUGACAUUCGCGUGGUCAAUGUGAUCAACCCAUUCUAUGCUGCUGCUAUCGCGGGGACCGAUACAAUCAACCCAUCUCCCGCACCCGAUCACUCGAAGAGAGGCCUGUUGGUCUCCGAAGGUCUCCGCUCAUUGAGGACGUGUCUACUUACGAGACAUCUUCAACGGAUCCUCGAUGCUCUCCCUGCCGCACAGGUUCCGAAAACGGAUGAUGGUUCUAGCACAGUCCCAGUGGUCGAUCCGAAGGCACAGAAGUCGAACAUCGUGGCCGUCAGCGUGUCACCUGGGAUCGGACGUGCUGCUACCAUUGGCAAGAUUUUGAACGCCGACUGGACUAACACGACCAAGUCUAAACUUGGGAUAUUCUUUUACAUUCUCUUACAGCCAUUUUUCCGAAUGCUCACGAAAUCCACGCCGUACGCUAUCCAGUCGAUCCUCCAUGCCCUCUUCCUUCCGACUCCAUUCAAGAUUGUGGGCGAGGCCUCUACUGAAGUUCUUAAACCGGGCGCACUCUACUCAGAUUGUGCUGUCGUUCCAGUCAACGUCGUGUCUUCGCGAUUUUCUGUCCCAGAUGGCAUUGAUAAGUCAGACGAGGCUCCUACGGAAGGUGUGACACUGGAAGAUGAUGGCGAGUAUGGUGGUGAGCUAGCCGGACGACUCGUGUGGGAGGGAUAUGAGCAUGCCCUUCUGGCAUGGGAACGAGCCAACCCCGGCAAGCAAGAAGAGAAAAGUGCACCUGAUAUAGACACUGACAGUCUACCCCAACUAUAG